CGUCGUCUCACCCAUAAACGUCACCACACGCAACCUAAAGAACCGAACAAAACUGAAACCAGAGAGUAACAGUUAAUUGGUAGUUUGCAGAGCCAAAGAGGAGUCGAUUCCAGUUGAAGAAGAUGCGCGACGUAGAGAAGAUGAUCGCCAUAGGCCUAGUUUGGGGUGUUACGAACUCUUUAAUGCGCAAAGGUGCACUCCUUUGGGAUCAAAAGCUCCAAUCCUCUACUGUAAAGCCUCAGCGACUUCCUCAACUCCAUCGACGGCUACUUGGGCAUUUAAACAAAUGGGUAGACCUCCUCUUAGUUUGGCAAUAUUCCGUCCCUUUCUUGUUAAAUCUAUCGGCCUCUGCCACUUUCUUCGCUGUUUUAAGCGAUAGCCCCAUAUCUCUUGCUGUCCCUGUGACCAAUGCCACGACUUUUGCGGCGACUACGAUAUCGGCUAUGCUUCUUGGCGAGGAGACUCGUGUUGGGUUUGCUUUGUUUGGUACAUUUCUUAUUGUUCUGGGUGUCUGGUUUUGUAUUAUGUGAUGAAGAUCUAAUGGGUUUUUGUAGAAUUGAUUUCAGUGUUUGUAUCGAAAAUUUUACUAGUACCACAAAGCGUUUCGGAUUUGUAGAUCUGAAUUUUCUUUCUAAUGUAAAUGUCAUUAUUUUUCUCCUUUCAGAUUCGUUAACUAAGAGAAUCUGAUAUGGCUCACUAUC